AGUUAGUUUUAUUGAUUUUUUGUGAUCUGGCAACAAAGCAUUCGGCUGUCUAGUCCGUUGGGUAUCUUAAUCGCCGCUUUCUGGUCGUUUAUUUAUUACAGAACAAUAGAACAUUCGAUUUCCCAUUAAUUUCCAAUAGAUCCAUCUGUGAAAAAUGGCUGCAUUGGUUGUACAAUCCCGAUUUGCCGGUCUGAGCAUUGAAGAUGAUGACUACCCUCCCAGCGAUAUUCAGAAGACGAAAAAGACUAAAAUAAACUCGGCCAAAAAGACUGAUCCUGCAAAGAAACCUAAAACCAUCACCACUACUAAACCCCAGCCACCCGUCCCUAAAAAGAAGAAGUCCAAACAGCAACCUGUCUCCUCUGACCAAUGGGAACUGUGGAAGCAGAAGGAUGAAGAAAUGGUUGACGGCAACUUUGAGUCUGAAUUACAACAAGCUAUUCUACUAUCUAAGCUUGAUUUUGAGGAGAAGAAAGAUGUGUACAAGCAAUUCAAGAAGCAAGCAGAGAUUGAAAAGAAGAUUAUUGAACAGAGUUCCAAAUCUAAUGCUAAGAAACAAAAGAAGAAAAAUGUCAUGAGCCUGGACCAGUUCAAUGAUAUGAUGAAUGUUGGUGAAGAUAUGAAAUUCAACCACGUAGAUGAGAAGUGUCUGCAGGAAGAUCCCAAGUCCCCCGACAAAGACACAGAGUUUUUCGAAAGGGUAAAAACUGAAACUAAGAAUGAGCUUCUAAAGGAUAAAAUCUAUGAUAGAGUAAAGAACCGUCAACCAGCUUCUGAUGAAAUUAUUACCAGAGUACAAUUUGCUGACGCUCUAGAAAGAAAGGACAGAGAAAUAGCAACACUGAAAGAAGAGGUUAUUUCCUUAAAGCAGGAACUUUUUACUGUCAAGUCCCGAAAUAAAAAGCUGUGUAAUAUACUUGGUCAGGGAGAGAUGAAAGAUAAAGCCGAGGUCCUAGUGGAAGUUGAGCGGUUGCGGUCGGUGCAAGCGGAGUUGACGGCCGAGCUCGCGUCGCUACACACAGAUCUAGAGAAGGAACGCUCCAAGAACACAGACCCUAGAACUAAUAAAGAAAAGAAAAACACAACAAAAAAGAAAAACAUAAGGUUUGACGUUUCAUCAGAAGCUUUACUAGCGAAAGAGUCUAGUUCUGGAACUGGUUAAUUAAAGAUUUAUACGUAUUUUUUUAAUAAAACCUAAAUGUUAUAAAAACCGAAAUAAACGGAAAACAAUCUGA